UGACGUACCUUCGUAACUGCACCAUAGCAGGCAUGGCAUCUGCAUGGAUGUGCACGCAAGGGCAGGUGCACCUCUACCCGGCGGAUGGAAAUCCGAGCUCGGACCUCGCAUGUACCGGAUGCGAUUCAACCGAAGCGUCAUUCCUACCAGAUCCGGUUGCCGAGGGGUCCUCGUAUGAUGCGCUCUUGGAAAGCAGCCGCUUUUGGAUACAGCGUGUACUCGUGCCCAUCGUAACAUUCAUCGGUGUCAUCGGAAACGCUGUAACGAUAGUUAUCAUGACUAGAAUGCGGAUGCGCUCGUCCACCAACAACUACUUGGCCGCGCUCGCCAUCGUCGACAUGCUGUACCUACUGGGUGGCUUUGCGCUCUCGCUCAAGCACUACGAGUUUAUUAUUGAAAAAGGCCUGUCAGUAUAUUUGCGCUGCUUUCCCGUUCUCGUCCUCUUGGCAGACACAUGUAGCAACUCGUCUGUGUGGCUCACGGCAACGUUCACUGUGGAGCGCUACAUCGCGGUCUGUCACCCUAUCAGGAGCAAGGUACUAUGCACCGAGUCGCGGGCCAGGAAAGCUGUCGUAGGGGUCGUCAUCUUCUGCUUUGCGCUUGCUCUACCGACGCCGUUCGAAUACGCUCUAUUCACGGAGCAUGACCCAGUCACAAAUACGACCAUAGUCAGCCUCAGCUAUUCGGAGUUGGGCCGAAAUGAAGUGUACAAGAAGACUUACUACUGGUUGACAGUGGUGGUGUUCACUCUGGUACCAUUCUGUCUGCUGGCUGUGUUCAACGCGUUUCUCGUGCGUUCCGUGCACAUCUCGCGGAAGCAGCGUUCCAGAAUGAUUCUGGGAACAGACUCCAGCCGCGACAGCCCGGAGACCAAGAUUACCGUUAUGCUGAUCGCGGUGGUCAUCCUGUUCUUCGUCUGCCAGCUUCCCACAGCUAUCACGCUGCUCUACUCUUCUAUCGCGAACCCGGAGGAAGGCAGCCAGCAGGAGAAGCUCAUCUUCAUUCUGGGAAAUGUUUUUAACUUUCUUAUGUCGCUCAAUGCGGCCGGAAACUUCGUACUAUACUGCCUCCUCAGUCAAAAGUACCGGCGCACCUUCCUGCAGAUAUUCUGCCCUUUUGGUCCGUUGGUGAGGCUCCAGUCAGUUUUGCAGUACACUGGAACCGGUCGUAAUCAAUCGGAAGACCAUGCUACUGCGAGCAUCCGCAUUUGAGCUCUGUUCGCUCGGUACUUUCCGAUUCUCUGGGGCCCAUUGACACCCCAAUAGUGAAAACCCGCCUGCUUGCUUGCCUGCUCAACGUGCCCGAGGAGCCCACAGGCGGGCAUCGAGACAGCGACUCGUCCAACUACCCAGGCUGACCGACGGGUUCCACAGGAGUGUUAUUUAAAAACAGUGUUUCAAAUUUACCGAAACGGAACCUUAUUCCUAUAGUUGGUUUUAAACAACUGUAAUGCGAAAGAUAAGGACAGCCUCGUUUUAGUAUUUAAAGAUUUUAGUAUUUUAGCGUUUGAAUAUGUGUAUUGUUGUUAGUGCCCCUCAAAAAAAAUGGGGG